AUGAUACCGUACCAACUACUCGUCGCGUGGGCGAUAUGUGUUGGAACGACACGAGCACUGCCCGAAUGUCACAUCGACAAUAUCUGUUCGGCAUGUACCCUUAAAGCGGAGCUCUCGACAAAGUGCCUCAAAACGGAGGGCGUCGUCGAGAAAGAGGCAUUCCUUUUCUGCAAUCCCCGCACAAAGUGAGUUGAAGCUAGCUGAUGCUAGACACCUCACGGUAUCUGUUCUUCCAGAAAAGUCGACAUCGAGCACAGUUCGUACCUGACGUGCACGAACGGAACGUGGCGUCAAGAAGUGUGCUCCGAAGACGGACGCGUCCAUUUCAGCGUUUCGAAUCGGCAGUGCACGGAUCCGGCGAUGCAGUUGUUCCACUCUCAGGGCACUUCCGGUAGGCCGCACACAGGCGUCUCAUCCACCGUCGUUUUGCAGGAUCCGGGCGCGUCGGCGACGUUUGCUCAUUCAACACCGACUGCCUCGGCGGAAUGUACUGUGCAAUUGGGCAGUGUCGGUGUCUCUCCACCUACGUGGCAGUCGACGCGUAUUGCUAUGAAAGUGAGUCGGGUGGCAAAGUGUGUCGGUCGGUUGCAAAACGUCUCUAUUCCAGAGAUCUCUCCCUCCGACUCGGGCUGCUUCUACGACAUUCAGUGCUCGUCGGUUUGGCCGGAUUCCUACUGUAAGAACGGCGGAUGUUUGUGCCCGUCCGAAGAGAUGAUCGCCGUCAAAACCAAGUCAGUUUUUUUUCGUCCACCGUUUCGCAGGCGACGAACAACAUUGGCUAUCGUUCAGAGACGGCACGCUGUGCGUGUGGUCGACCGGUUCGGAGCCGUCGUGUCCACUGCCGUCGCUUCCGCCGCCCGACUCGCCCUCCAGCCUCGUCGUCCUUCCGGCCGCCGCCGGUGAGUUUGGCGCAUAGAUUUGUUGCGCGCCGGUAGCAAGAGAAUUUGAAGGUUUAGGCAAGACGAGCGUCACGAUUGCACCGUGCAAUCCGCACAGUUCGGACACUCCGAAACGAGAGGAGGACCUGCUCAAUAAGCAGCACGAUUUCAAGUGUUCGGUUCGGGGAUUUGUAAGUUUUCAGCUUUUAUUGUCGCCUUUAUUACUUUUCAUAGUCAGCAUCGAUUAGGAAACCAGCCACUGUCGCCCCAAUAGCUAAUGCUAAAUUGAGCGCCGCGUUAAAACGGAGUGUCGUUGUUUUUCUGGAUUUUUCCUCCGAAAACGAGAAAAAUGAAGUAAAACCGCGAAUUUGCGAAUUGUUAAUGACAGCUGUGACCUUAAAUUAUCGUUCUGCCCGCACUUUUCUGUGAAUUUCAGUCCGGCGCCUCAAAAACUGAAAUUUCUCAGUGAUUUUAGCAUUUUAUGGGCCGUCUCUGUGCUCAAAAUGACCGCCUUUGUCUGCUGAACAAUCGUGAGGCAACUGUUUUCUCAAAACUUCCGAAAGUUUGCGUUUUUUCAAGCCAAAUUUAAAAAAAAACGAAAUUACUCUUCGAAAUUUCACUUUUACACGCGCACUCUGUGAUCGUUUUGAAGCUAUCGGUCCUGUGAACAUAGUUUUGAAGGAAACUCGUGCAUGAUCCCAAAAACUCGGGGGAAAACAACGUUUUCAGUUGAAAAACCGUCUGCCGUAAAUCGACACUGAGAGCCGCACGCAAAAAAGCGCUCCGAAAAUUUUUUUUUCGCCGAAACGGAGACAUUUUCAGCUCGGCGAAGAACCCGAACCUCAGGACGUUUCGGACCUUUACGACUGCAUCGACAACUCGAAAUUCUGGAAGGAACAGGGCGUCGACACCAGUUCGCAUCCGAUCGGCGUGUGCUGCAUGAACCGCGCGUUCACGUGCAUGCAGCCGAAGAAGGGCGAGUCGGACGCGCUCGGCUCCGUGCCAAGAUGGUACUUCAACUCGGUCAUGGGCUCGUGCCAGCAGUUCCUCUUCGAUCCGACCGGCUCCGAAGUGUCGCCGAACAAUUUCGAGACCCUCGAUCACUGUGAGAGCUACUGCAAAGAUAGUGAGUUUGAUCGGAAAACGUGCGUCCGGAUAAUCGUUUUUUUUUUUUUGCGAUUUUCAGCGUGUCCACGUGGAAACCCGGCGUACCUGACGAGUAAGGGCUCGCCGAGCAACGCCCGUCUCCCGCAAACCGGAUGCUCGACGGCCAAUCCGUGCACAGACCCGUUCGUUUGUACAGAAGUCGCCAGUCAGUCCAUGUGUUGUGCCAGUCGGAGUACGUUUUCGACUGAAAAUUGAGCAUGUUAGAAUGUCCUCAAAACUUGGUACAAUACCAUUCAAUUUCAAUUAUACUUUGCGCUAUGCGCCUUUAUGUAUAUGCUUUGAAGGGCGAGCGAAAAAAUGGCGCGCGUGGCGCAGUGGUAGACAUCUUGCCCGUCGUUUUGGUUCAAUCCCGAAUUUAUCAAAAUUUCUUUUGCUUCUUUAAUCUUGCAGAUCAAGAUCUUUAAACGUAUACAAAAAACACGUUUAGAGUCGAUAUGCAGUGAAGCGGGAGCUCGUCUGAAGGAACCAUUGAGAAGUACGCCGUACGACGCGGGCCAUCGAUUCGAUCAGCUAACCGGUGAGACUGCAAACUACGCGGUCGGAAUCAGCACCCGAUACUACUACAAUCCGACCGACGGACAAUGCCAUCCGUUCACUUUCAAUGGAUUCCUCGGAAACUUUAACAACUUCCAGAACCAGGCCGAUUGUCAGCUCUUCUGUGCUCGACGUGAGCUACCGUAAUCCUACCGUAAUCGCAUCUCGAUUUUUCUUCAGUACAAUGUCCUCACGGAAGCCCCCUGACCAACGGAAACGGGUCGCCGCAACGGUGCGCCAGAGACACGGACUGUCCGUCGACUCACACUUGCGCCAUGGAGCAUCAAGUUUGCUGUCCGACACCACGUGAGUUACUGUAGUUGAUGGUCUCAAAAUUGUCAUGUGAAAAGUUCAUGUCUAGUACGUCAUUUUUGUAGUUGACCACAUGUUUCUAGAACCACUCCCAAGAGUAUUGUGGCGCUUUGAAGUUGGGCUAGAUGAACUUACUUCCAAGCGCUACGCUACUGCGGGGAGUAGACGUACAAAAAAGUUGUCAAGUACAAAAAUAAAGAUUAUGUUUAGAACUCCAAUUUUGCAGUUGACAACGUUUCUGUACAACAACUCCUAAGCGUACUGUAGCGCUCGCAAAUUGAGACUAGUUACGGUCGUCAGUGCAAACUUCAAUGACGCACAGUACUCUUAGAAAUGGGUGUAGGAAAAAGUUGUCAACUAGAAAAAUAAGGUAAAAGACAUCAAGAUUGUACAAAACAAUUUUGAAAGCAUCAAACCUACUCGAGACCCGGUAAUACUCGCCGAAAGUUGACUCAAACCAAUCGAUUUGCAGAAACGCUCUGCACAGAGCCGUUGCGAGUCGGUGAUUGCAAGCAAAGUGUGCGUCAGUUCUGGUACAAUGCCGAGACGAAAACGUGCGAAUCGUUCCUCUACACGGGCUGUCAGGGCAACAACAAUCGCUUCAAUUCGCUGAACGAGUGCCAGAGUUAUUGCAAAAACAUAAAUGGUCGGUGAUGGGCGCGCACGACGAAUCGCGUGCCGCCUUCAAAACAUUUUGUUUCAGCCGAGCCAAAGUGCCCUCAAGGCCGUGCGUACGUCGAUUUCGCCGGAAAGUUCAUGCAAUGCGGCGAAGGUCUCGGCGGCACCGCGUGCCCCGCCAACUAUGAGUGCACUUUCGACGGCCUCGUCUAUGGAUGUUGUCCGAGCAAAGCGUACACGUGUUCUCUGCAAGUUAACAAAGGCAUCGGGUGCGGAUCCGGCUCCUCUUAUCGCUACUAUUACAACAAUCAGGCAAAGGUUCGUUUUUAGCUAAAAAACGAAUCGAUCGGCGAUUUUGUGCUCUACAACAAUAUUUGCGUACACAGACGUGCCAUCGAAAAAUUGUCAACUACAAAGUUAGAGAGCAUAAAAUUAUCGAUCGAUUCGCGUCUUAACACUCAAAAAAUGUUCAAAACUGACCGAGAUACACGCGCUCAAAAUUGACCACAUGUGUUCGGUUUUCUCCACUUUUUCUCUCCAAAUGCUCAACUUCCUAUUGUAAACAAUCAUUGCAGGAGUGUCAAUCGUUCCUUUUCCUCGGUUGUGACGGCAACUCCAACAACUUCCCGUCCAUUGAAAAGUGCCAAAAUUACUGUGAAAUUGCGAGUACGUAAUUUUUGGGAAUUUUUCCUGGAAAAAAUGACCAACAAUUGUUGCAGUCUGUCCGAACGGUGGAAGUCCGCUCCGAGCCAACUCGAAAGUCCGUUCGUGCUCCAGCCAGGAUCCCUGUCCGUCCGGCUACGAUUGUAGUAUUGUCGAGGCGAACGGGGUCAUGCAAAGACGUUGUUGUCCGUCCAAAGGUACCCCCUCCCCUACCCACCAGAAACCGUCAAAAUCGCCUAAAAACCAUAAAAAUCUACAGUGUCGAUAUGCUCGAAGCCUCCGCAAAUGGGAAUGCUGCCGAAAUGCAGCAGUGGAAGCGGUCAGAUUAGGUGAGGAAAAGUGGGCGGAGCGUCGGCGCGUGCAUUCGAUAGCGGCGCACGGAACCCGCGAGACGUCGGCUGCUGUGGGGAGUCAAGUGCGCGUGGGCUGACGGCAGCGGCGGCUGUGAUGAUUUCCUUAUUGCCGUUUACCCGUCUGAGGAAAACCGUGCUUGAGACGUCUGGAAUAGGCUGAGCCGAACGGAUUUUUGGGAACGAAUAAACUUUGCAGAUACUACUUCAACAUGGCGCUGCAAACGUGCUCCUCGUACACGUCAAACGGCUGUGACACCUCGCUGAACUCGUUCAACUCGAUCACCGAAUGCGAGGACUUUUGCAUGUCGGCGGGCUGUUCGCUCGGCGACACCGUCUACAAGGAUCCGAACACGAACAGGCCGUUCGUGUGCAACACGGCGCUCCAGAACAACUGCCCGGCGAACUACGAGUGCACGCUGAACGCGCUGACUCAGGAGCACACGUGCUGCGGCUCGGACGCGAUGGGCGUGUGUCCGACCGGCGAGAAGGCGUUCAUGGACCCGCGCACGAACACGCCGCGUCAGUGCGCGAUGGCCGCCGACGGAAAGUGUCCGGGCGGCUACCUGUGCCGAUUCUCGCAGUCGAACCACAAGUACUACUGCUGCGGCAACAUCCAGGGCGCGUUCUGCCCGUCCGGUCGCUCUCUCUACCGCUACGCGUCCACUCAACUGCCCGUCCAGUGCCACAUCUCGCCGCUGCAAUCGAGUUGUCCCAACGGGUUCGCGUGCAUGUCGGACGUCUCCGGCGCGUUCCAGGGAUAUUGUUGCUCUCAGAAUCGUGAGUUUAUCUCUCAUUUUUUUCUCCUAAAAUAGUGUUGGAACGUCACGGUCUCUAGAGCUUAUAAUCCCAUACAUUGGCGCGAAAUUCAAAUUUUAACAGCAAAAUUUGUGUUUUCUGCCAGAUUAGCCACAAAAAAUCGAUAAUUUCUCAUUAGUCUCUCGAUAGACCGAUUGUAUAGGCUAUUACGAAUUUCUUAAGCGCAAGAGCGUUAAAUUUGGUCAAGUCGCAAAUCGCAUUUAUCCGUUUGAAUGUUUUUGGCUAAAACUGCCUGAAUUUCAGUUGCUUUUCGGUAAUUUUCGCGGUUCGAGCGCUCAAAAUGCUUGUAUUUACGUGAUUUAUCAUUCUUAAAACCAAUUCUGUCGGAAAACGGUCGAGAACGCGCAAAAUGAGAUGUGCGGUUUUUGGCGGCGAAGGCGAAAAAGCAAAGUCCGCGAAAAAUGCGCCAAAACGUCUAUAAUUCUGAGAAUUAGUGUGUUUUCAUGUCGAACAAUCAUUUUUCAACGACGUUGACCAUAAAAAUCAGAGAAAACGUGCUCAAUUCAUGAAUUGGGCCGAGGCCACGCCCAUAUUGUCAGCUCUGGAGACCGUGUAACGUGUCGAUGCAAUGAUUUUAAAUUGAGUUUACGAAAAAGAAACAAAUGUUCAGCAAUCUGUCCCGGAGAAGUGCCGUUCCAUGAGGACGAAAAGACGCUGCUGCCGACGACGUGCACAAACGAGGGAUUCUCGUUCUGCGCCAUCGGCUACACGUGCCAACAACAGCCGGAAACGCUCAACUUCUACUGCUGUCAGGGCGAGGAAAAGCACGGCAUCAACGACGGAUGUCCGCCGGGACAGUACGCGUACGUGCAGGACGAGGGCGUCGUCAGGUCGUGCGAUCCGUUCAACGUCGACGAUUCGACGUGUCCGGCGGAGUUCACGUGCCAGUGGUCGUUGACGAAUCAAAAGUAUCAGUGCUGCGGAACACGACCGACGCGCGCCAUCAAACCGACGAUCUUCGAUGACGGGUGUCCGACGAAACAAUUCGCGCUGAUCGACAAGAGGACCAACCAGACGAGGGCCUGCACGGCCGGCGAGGCAAAGUCCUGUCCGACCGGCUUCUUCUGCCAGUUCUCCGCCAAAAAAGGACAGUUCCAGUGUUGCGGACAGAGCGGAGGUUUGCAAACGUUUUCGGAGUGAAAUCCGCUCAUUUUGCUCUUUGUUUUUCCUCUUGACAACUUGUUUGUACGACGCCAUUCAAGAGUACUAUAGCUCAUGCAAGUUGGCACGGACACCCAACUUCCAAGCACUACAGUACUCUUUUGAGUGAUUUUACAGAAAAACUGUCAAUUACAAAAAUAAGGUUCAUGUCUAGUACGGUAUUUUUGCAAUUGAUAACUUUUUUGUAAACUCACUCCCUGGAGUACUGUAGCUCUUGGAAGUUGGCGCUGAAACUGCCCAACUUCCAGGAACUACAGUACUUCCGGGAGUGGUCGUAGAGAAAACGUGUCAACUGAAAAGUUGAAGUAGUAAAUGUAAAGAUUGUGCUCAAAGCAUUUGAGACUAGUUGCACAUCUCUCAAACCUACAAUAUCCAUUCAAAGUUUGUCACUCCUAGGCUGCCCAAUCGGUCGUGCCGCUUUCAUCGCAAUCGACGGAAAUGCUCAAGAAUGCCUGCCGGGGCCAGAUAUGUGCUCCGACGGAUUCGAGUGUGUCAAGAGCACAACUCACAAGAACAAGAACAUUUGUUGUAGCAGAGAAGAAGGAGGUGGGCGGCACUUUUUUGUAAACUGACAAUAUUCGAGUGUGUCUAGAUACCGGUUAUUCAAAACAAUAUAUCUCAACUGCCGGUUGAGAUAUCGAAAAGUUUUCAACUAAUAAAAUGUACAAAAAGUCUUAACGAACAAUGUGUCAGUUGACAACUUUUCGAUAUCUGCACAGACAGCAGAGAUAUACCUAUCACACUCGCAGGUUGCGCCGACAACGAGAUCCUGGUCGACGGAAACUGUGUGGUUCGAGUCAAAGUCGGCGGAGGAUGCCAUACAAACGAAGAGUGUGUGGAAGGUGCGGAUUGUGUCAAAAACGUUUGUUUGUAAGUUGAUCCGACGCGCUGCCCGUCGAAUAUUGUCGACUUUCAGGUGCGGCGAGAAGAAGACCGAGUUGAAGGGCGAGUGCGUCGACGGCGAGUGCUCCGACGAGCAAAUCCGUCUGGACGGAAAGUGCGAGAAGCGUGCUUCGAUGGGCGACGCGUGCAAAUCCUCGCUCCAGUGCAUCUCCAACUCGCGCUGCAUCUCCGGCAUCUGUGGAUGUGCGCGAGGCGAGGCGCCCGACGGCAAUGCUUGCGUCAAAAACCAAGUGCCAGUGAAGGCGAAGCCGCCCGUCGAAAAGUCGGUGUGCGUCUCCAAAACCGAACGGCCCUUCUACUCGAACGACGACACGUUGAUGGCGUGUAUUCUGACGAACGACGACUGCCCGACCGGCUACAAGUGUCAGUUCAGUGACGUCGCCGCGCAGAACGUGUGCUGUGGCGCCAGAAUCAACGUGAACGGCACGACGAGCACGAGCACGACGACUCCGGAGCCGAGCACAACCGUCGGAAGCACAACAAUCGCGGCGACGAAAAAGACGAAAGUGAUCAAAGUGGCGGCGCAACACUGUCCGCCCGCCAUGAGUCCGUAUCUCGUGAACGGAAGGGCCAAAUCGUGCGCGACAACCUCGUGUCCGUACGGAUAUCAGUGCAAGUUCUCGAACACGGCCAAAGACUACUUUUGCUGCUCGAAACAGACGAAAAAGAGCAAUUCGAAUCGGCUACUACGAGGUGAGAUAGAUAGAUUGACUGUGAACACGUGCUCGGCUUGUAGGCGGAGGAUGUGAACGAGGAAGCGCACUCUUAUACCCGAGCACUCAGGAAGCGGUACAAUGCGAUCCGCUGGCGAGGGGAUGUCCGCAGGGAUAUCUAUGUCUGCCGCACGUCAUCACAAAGGUAGGGACGACGAUUCGCAACUGCCUCACAAACACUAUCUCAUUGCCGGUUUUUCUCCUCCUGUUUCGUGUUUUAAUGCGUUGCAAAACGUCAAUAACCAGCCGAAUUGAUUCCAGAAAUACCAGUGCUGCUCCGUGGCGGCGAGCCGUGACGCUUCAGAAGACGCGGACAUCGAAUGCCCCUCGUACAUGGUCAAAAUGGUGCAGGAAAGCGACGGAAAGCUGAAAUGCGUCAAAAGUUGUCCGAGCGGACAGAAAGCCGUCGACGGACUCUGCACACUCGCCUAA